AACGCUUUGCCCAUCCCUGUUCAUCUCUGCACUCAAGAGAGAAGAGGGAGAGAGCUGCAAACUGUGGAGCAGGGAUGUUGAAUGGCAAUGGUUUAUCAGGAUUUGCUUCACUACUACUGCAGUUAUUAGUGAAGGCAUUCGGGAAGAGGAAGAGAACCUUGUCUUCAUGAUUUCUCACUCUCUCCUUUGUGUUCUUCAUAUGUCAUGCAUGGAGGAUGAUGUUGCUCUAUGGUAAAUAAGCGCGUGGUUGAACCUGAUUAGCUGGCUGUAUGAUAUUGCUUCAUGGGGCGAAAGCUUACAGAGGGUGUGUCAAAUUGCUAUGUAUUCAAAAGUAGAUUGCAGGAGUACGCACAAAAGGCAGGCAUCUCAACUCCUGUCUAUGAAACAGUGAAGGAGGGACCUUCUCAUGAGCCAGUAUUUAGAUCAACUGUUCUAGUGAAUGGUGUGAGAUAUGAUUCUUUACCAGGUUUUUUUAAUCGUAAAGCAGCAGAACAGUCAGCAGCAGAAGUUGCUCUACUAGAAUUAAUGAAGUCCGGCAAUGUGGCACAGUGCAUUCCCAAUCCUGUGCAUGAAACAGGUUUAUGUAAAAACCUGCUCCAGGAGUAUGCUCAGAAAAGGAGCUAUCCUAUUCCUUCUUACAUAUGUAAGAGGGAGGGUACACCAAAUCAAUCUUCUUUCACUUGUACUGUUGAGAUUGGAGGUAUUCAAUAUAUUGGUGGUGCUGCAAGAACAAAGAAAGAGGCAGAAAUCAAGGCAGCCAGGACAGCGCUACUUGCAAUUCAAUCAACUAAUUCUGAGCCAGUGGCAAAUGCCAGUCUAGCUGGACAGCUGUUCACUGUUUUUCCAGGGAAAAGGAAGACGAGGGAAGUAGAGAAGUCCAUUGAAACAGCAAAGGCUGUCAAACCCAAAAAAGGGAAAUUCAAGAAAAAAUCAACGAAGAGGAGGUUUUCUCGUUCAAAAGGGAAAGGAAAUGAAGACCAUGCUCAGAACGGGCAAGAUGACAAUGGCAACGUGCCUGUAGCUCAUGAUGUUGAUCUUGCUACACCAGUUUCAGUAAAUACGAAUUUUCAACCUCCGGUGAUGCCAAACACUGUAGGCAGCCAACUAGUGGAGCUGCUCAGAGUUGCCAUGCAGAGCACACAAGGUAUACAUACUCCUUUGAUGCUGGACAUCUCGAGUGCACCAGCAGAGCAGAUUGGUUCCAUGAGUCAAUGUCAAGGCCCCAUCCAACAAAUGGCGACGCUUCCAGGGCUGAGCAGCCCUGUUGAGGCAGUGAAGUUAGAAGGUGUAGGUCAAGGGUUGCAAUCUGAACAGCAAGCAACAACGAAUGGCUCUGACAGCAGAACUGGAGAUGCUGGGCGUCAAACUGGUUUGCCUGUCCAAGAAAUUCAGUUCAAUCAGAGCAAUCGACAGAUACAAUCAGGACCUGCAGCAGAACCUGGGCAUGGAGUUGUUCUUUGAUGAAGCGCGUAAAGGAUUUUGCUUGAUAGUGUAGAUUUUUAGCAGUAUGAGUUAAAUCCUCUGUUUUGUUGUUUCAUCUGUAAUGCUAGCAAUUUAGCUUCAUCCUGUAUCUUGCCCCUAAUACGGCUCCAGGGUUUUGGAUUACGUUGUGUGAGGCCUAGAGUAUCAAGGGGGUGAACUGGUGUAUACAGGGACUGAAAGUAAAGAUAUGGUUCUCACACAACAUUUAUCUUUUUA